GGAUGCAACAGAAGCUGGACUGAACUAGUGCCAAGAUGUGGUGGCUGCCUCGAUCCGAGGAUGACCAUAAGAUUACUAGGCAGCUUUGUCUUGGUGAGCGGCGUGAUGGUGUCCAGCGCUGAGGGAUCCUUAUUCGUGCGGGAAGAGCAGAAGUACCGACGGUGUCUUCUUCAGCAACAGGGACUCGUGGCUGAUAGACACAUGACGCAGCCGUUGGAACAGGCUCAAGAUAUAACUGGAGUGUUAUCCUUACAACAUUCACUUUGUUCGUGGCUGCACGAUCGGUGGCGCCUGACCUUGCCUUGGGCACAUGGCUGCAUCCUCCUGAUCCUGCAGGAACUGAUCCUGGUGGGCCGGGUGCUGGCAAUUGCUGAGCCUGGGGAUCUGGUCCUCUACGCCAUCCACGUCAUUCUUCUCUCUUACAGCGCUAUGGCCACCUAUGCUAUGCUCAAACUUGUGCAGCCGGGGGAAAUGAACCAAGAAUAUAGCAGACAGGUCUAGAAGUAACAGCAAAUGAUACGAGACACGAAUCAGUGUCUGCAGAAUUUGAUUUAAUUUUCAGGAGCGCGGUUAUAUGAAUUUUUAUUAUUUGUAUUAAUAACUGAAUAUAACAACUAGAGGCUGGAUUUAUCUAUCUGGAUGGUAAACAUCGAAGAAACAAAAUACUACAGACAUUUCAAGUGAUUCCCUUCUAAUCUCAGGUGGAAUCCGAUGCCCCGCAGGCUUACUUUAUUCGGCAACUGUUUUCUUUUUCCCUUCCCCCAGAGGCUGUAGAAUUUCCAGCUGUUUGUUCCUGCACAUUUCUGAUCUUAUAUUAUGUAAACGAUUCCGUAAUUUCCACCAUCAUUUUCGUCCCCCUAUUAGAUUUUCCAACAUUUAUUGUUCUUGUUUCCGUAUAGCCUUGGCAACACAGAGAAGAGAUAAUUUUGAAACAAUCUCCUGCUCGUUCGAAAACGAGAACCACAAUUCUCUUGAUUACAGUAGGGCUGAUUGGACAGAUACAAAGGUUCUUUCUCGGUUUGUAGCAGUUUGCUUCCUUUGGGCAUGACGCACUUGCGUUCCUACCUUUAAAUUCCUUUAAAUGAUUUCACCACAAUGUACGCCAUACCCCUUUUAUAAUCAAAUGUUGCUUUCACUGCUUGCCACUAAAUCUCAAUAAAUAGAGUUAACUGCA